AUGUCAAAUUUAGAAAACUUAAUCAAUAACUAAGAAGAGUAGUAUGAAUACAAUAAUGAAGAUGAUUUUGAUUUUGAUUUUGAAAAUUUAGAGAUGCCAUAGUUAGUAAGAAGAAAUGGUGCUAUUCAAUAAGAAAAUGUUUAAGGAUACAUAAUCCUUGGCAACAUGAUAGAUAAAAUGUUUAAAGAGGAAGCAUGUCCAAUUUGUUUAAGUGAAGAUGAAGAACUGUACCCGUUGUUUUGUGGUCAUACUUUUUGCUAAAAUGACAUCAAUAAUUUGCUAACGGACUCCCAAUCUAAGCAGAAUGUCGUCUGUUGUCCUAUAUGCCGAUAAUACUAAUUUAUUGAGUCAUUUAAAAAGUUAUAGGAACUAAAAAUUGCUUCAAUAAAUACAAUUUAAAAAGACAACAAUGUAACCUGUUGA